GGGACCAUGUCCCACGUCCACUACAAGUUCUCCUCCAUGCUGAGCUCCGACGUGGUCACCUUCAACGGCCCCAGCAUCGCCCUGGGUGAACUCAAGCACCGCAUCAUGGCCUGCAAGAGGCUGAAGGCAGCGAACAGCAACCUGCAGAUCCUCAAUGCCCAGACCAAUGAAGAAUACACCGACGCCAAUGCCCUGAUUCUGAAGAAUUCAUCGGUGAUCGUGAGGAGAGUCCCGGCUGGAGCAGGUACAGCUGCCAGCAGAGCAGAACUUAAAUGUCAAAAAAAUCCAGUGAAGGGAACACCCAAAGCAAUGGCUGACCCUUCUGUACCUUCUCCUCUGGCCCAGCUCAUUGAGAGCCCCAGCCUGGCUGAGACCGACGUUCCCGAGGAGGAGAAGAUCAAAGUCAUGAUGAUGCAGUCCUGCUCUUACUACAGUCCCAGCAAUUACCUGAAGGCACCCUUGGGUCCACUCCCACCACCCAGUGCUUGCUUUAAAUGCGGACAACAAGGUCACUGUAAGAAGAAGUGCCCAAACACAGGGAACAAAAGCGUGGAGGGUGUGCCCAGAAUUAAAAGGAGCUCAGGGAUUCCAGCGAGUUUCAUGGUGGAGGUGAAGGACCCCAACGCAAAGGGAACGAUGAUAACACCCAAGGGAAAAUAUGCAAUACCCAUCAUUAAUGUGGAAGCUUAUGCCAGAAAAAAGAAGGAAAAGCCUCCCGUUUUACAGGAGGAG